AUGGUUUCUGCAUCAAAAGCUGCUCGCGAUGCCAAGAGAGCCGCCGAUGGCAAGGUUCCCAAGAAGACUGUCGCCUCUCGAUCCAAGGCGGGGUCGAAAACCGCUUCAGGCGCCUCCUCGGUCGCCGGUGACGAUACCCCCCCUCUUCUCGACGCCGAUGGAAAUCCUCUCCCCGAAAGUGAACAGCCUGCAGCUGCAAAGAGGCAGGAUGAAGUGAAGAGACUGGCGGACCAGAUGGACAAGCACGGUCUCUCUGAUCGUGUUACAACUGGUGUUCUCAGCUCCCUCAAGCAGAGCCGAGAUGUCAAGAUCACUUCUUGCUCCUUGGUCUUCCACGGCCGAGUCCUCAUCAGCGAUACCACUCUCGAACUCACCUACGGCCGCCGAUACGGUCUCCUCGGUGAGAACGGUUGCGGCAAAUCUACCCUCUUGAAGGCUAUCGAUAAGCGCGAGUAUCCUGUACCAGAACACGUCGACAUCUACUUACUCAACGAGGGUGCUCCUCCAAGCGAGUUGGGCGCCUUGGAAUGGGUCGUCAAAGAGGCCGAGAACGAGAUGGAGAGACUCGAUAGACAAGCGGAACAGAUUCUGGAGGAUGAUGGACCAGAGUCCCCCGUCUUGAUGGAUAUCUACGAGCGCAUGGAAACCAUGGACCCUUCUACUUUCGCCACCCGUGCUUCCCUUAUUCUCACCGGUCUCGGAUUCAACAAGAAGACAAUCACAAAGAAGACCAAGGACAUGUCUGGAGGAUGGCGUAUGCGUGUGGCCUUGGCAAAGGCUCUCUUCGUCAAGCCCUCUCUUCUCCUUCUCGAUGACCCCACAGCACAUUUGGAUCUCGAAGCUUGCGUGUGGUUGGAAGAAUACCUCAAGAAAUGGGACCGUACCCUAGUUCUCGUUUCCCAUUCUAUGGAUUUCCUUAACGGUGUCUGCUCGAACAUGAUCGAUAUGCGUCAAAAGCAACUCAUCUACUAUGGUGGUAACUACGAUUCAUACUCGAAGACUCGUUCUGAGCAGGAGGUAAACCAAAUGAAAGCUUACCAGAAGCAACAAGAUGAAAUUGUUCACAUCAAGAAAUUCAUCGCUUCCGCCGGUACCUAUGCCAAUUUGGUUAGGCAAGCAAAGUCUCGACAAAAGAUUUUGGACAAGAUGGAGGCAGAUGGUUUCAUUCAAAAGGUUGAUGAGGACCGUGUCUUCACCUUUAGAUUCGCCGAUGUCGAGAAGCUUCCUCCUCCAGUUCUGUCCUUUGACGACGUUACCUUUUCCUACUCCGGUAACACCAAGGAUGAUCUGUAUAGACAUCUCGACCUUGGUGUUGAUAUGGACUCCCGAACAGCCUUGGUUGGACCCAACGGUGUUGGAAAGUCUACCCUUCUCCGCCUCAUGACCGGCAAGCUGUCGCCCACUGGAGGACAGGUUUCUCGCCACACCCACUUGAAGAUGGGUGUCUACAGUCAACAUUCUUCUGAGCAGUUGGAUUUGACAAAGUCAGCUCUCGACUUCGUCCGUGACAAGUAUUCCGAUAAGUCCCAGGAUUACCAAUACUGGAGACAACAGCUUGGCAAGUAUGGUCUCAGUGGAGAGUCCCAGACUGCUUUGAUGGGCACCCUUUCCGAAGGUCAAAAAUCCAGAAUUGUGUUUGCUCUCUUGGCUAUCGAUGCCCCCAACAUGUUGUUGUUGGAUGAGCCUACCAACGGCUUGGAUAUCCCCACGAUCGACUCUUUGGCAGACGCCAUCAAUGCAUUCACUGGCGGUGUUGUUGUCGUUUCUCACGAUUUCAGAUUGCUUGACAAGAUUGCAAAGGACAUUAUGGUGUGUGAGCAUCAAUCAAUCCAUCGAUGGGAUGGAACGAUUGGAGAGUACAAGGAUCAUCUCAGGAAGAAGAUGAUGGCGGCUGGUGCAGUCUAG